CCGUCCGUCUCCCAUCCCAGCCUUCCCUCUCGCAGGCACCAGCAGCCCUCCUUACACUCUUCGCUGAGCGACGGAGGCCAUGCUUCGCAAACUCGUUUCCCGCCGUACCCUCGCAGCAGUUGGAGGGGCUACUGCCCUUUCUGCUGCAGGCGGAUACUACUUCCUCAACUCGGGGCCCACCUACCCCCCCUCUACCAAGGAAACCCGUCGGCCACCACCCCCAUGGACGCCUCCUUCGCGCGAGCAGAUGCUCGAUGCGCUCAAGGCCUCAUCUACUAACCCGGCGGAAGAAUUUGACUUACUCAUCGUCGGUGGUGGUGCGACGGGUGCGGGUGUCGCCGUGGACGCUGCCAGCAGAGGCCUGAAGGUCGCGCUGGUUGAGCGGGAUGAUUUCAGUGCAGGAACCUCCUCCAAGUCAACAAAACUUGUUCAUGGGGGUGUUCGUUACCUGCAAAAGGCUAUUAUGGAGCUCGACUAUGAGCAAUACAAGCUGGUGCGGGAGGCGUUGCACGAACGCAAGAUUUUCUUGCAAACGGCACCCUACCUCUCUGCGAUGCUUCCCAUCAUGUUGCCUAUCUACAAGUACUGGCAGGUGCCCUACUACUGGGCUGGCUGCAAGAUGUACGAUGUUUUGGCCGGGAAGGAGAACAUGGAGUCUUCGUACCUCAUGAGCAAAGGCAAGGCUCUCGAAACCUUCCCCAUGCUCAAGCAGGACGGUCUCGUCGGUGCACUGGUUUACUACGACGGUCAACACAACGAUUCUCGCAUGAACAUGGCCCUCAUCAUGACCGCUGUUCAGCAAGGCGCCAUCGUCGCCAACCACGUCGAGGUCACCGUCCUCAACAAGGACGGCGCCGGAGGCAAGCUCCACGGUGCGCGUGUGCGCGAUGCACUCACGGGCAAGGAGUUCGACAUCCGCGCAAAGGGCGUCGUGAACGCGACCGGGCCCUUCUCCGACGCGCUCCUGACGAUGGAUAACCCGGCGCACACCCCCAUUGUGCAGGCGUCCUCGGGCACGCAUAUCACGCUCCCGAACUACUACUCGCCGCGCACGAUGGGCCUGCUCGACCCCGCGACAUCCGACGGCCGUGUGAUCUUCUUCCUGCCCUGGCAGGGGAACACAAUCGCGGGCACGACGGACACGCCCGCGGAGGUCACCGCGACGCCGCUCCCGCAGGAGGAGGAGAUCCGGUGGAUCCUCGAGGAGGUCCGCCGCUACCUCAGCCCGGACAUCAAGGUGCGCCGCGGUGACGUGCUCAGCGCGUGGUCCGGCCUGCGCCCGCUCGUGCGCAACCCGAACGCGGCGAGCACGGAGGGCCUCGUGCGCAACCACAUGAUCCACGUCAGCGACAGCGGCCUGCUCACGAUCGCCGGCGGCAAGUGGACGACGUACCGCUCGAUGGCGGAGGAGACCGUCGACAAGGCCGUCGAGGUCUUCGCGCUCAAGCCGAAGCGGGGCUGCGUUACGGAGCAGCUGCGCCUCGUCGGCAGCGACGGCUGGUCGCGCAACAUGUUCAUCGGCCUCGUGCAGCGUUACGGUCUUGAGACCGAGGUCGCCAAGCACCUCUCCGAGAACUACGGUGACCGUGCGUGGACGAUCUGCUCGCUUGCCAUGCCCACCGGCAAGGCAUGGCCCCUCCACGGCAUCCGCCUCGCGCCCGGCUACCCCUUCAUCGAAGCCGAGGUCCGCUACGCCGUCCGCAACGAAUACGCACAGACCGCGAUCGACGUCAUCGCGCGCCGCUGCCGCCUCUCCUUCCUCAACGCGCAAGCCGCGCUCGACGCGCUCCCGCGCGUCGUCGAGCUCAUGGCCGAGGAGCUGCACUGGUCCGCCGCGCGCGCCAAGGCCGAGACCGCCGCCGGCACCGAGUUCCUGCUCAGCAUGGGGCUCGCCCCGGGGGCCGUCUCGCGCCGCGCCGCACAGGAUGCGAAGGGCGUCGUCGAGCGCGUCGAGGACGUGCUGGGGAUCCGGCACAGCGCGCGCGCGCGCCCGGAGCAGAUGGUGUACUCGCGCGCGCAGUUUGCGGCGGGCGAGGUCGAGGCGCUCCAUGGGGCGUUUGGGGCGCGUGUCCCGGCGGAGCGCGCGGAGAAGCGGCUGGGCACGGGCGAGGUGUUUGAGCUUGUGCGCGGGCUGGCGGGGUUCGAGGGCGUGCGCCAGAAGGACUUUGACUAUGUGCUCGAGGAGGCGGGCUUCAAGGCGAACAAGGACGUCGACUUUGACGAGUUCGUCGAGAUCUGCGCUGAGCUGCGCGAAGUGCUCUUUGCGCCUGCGCCGUCCAGCAAGGAGAAGACGGAGCGCCUCCGGAUACCGGUCGAAAAGAGCGGCGGUGGUGUCUAGUUUCAUGUGUACCGCAGUGUAGCUCCGGCGUGCCCGCUAGCCAUUCUUGGAUAUGCUACUCAACGCCUGUGUCAUUCCUGUAAUGUACGCCACCUAUAUCACAUCACUAUUGGAAACGCAU